CUACUCCCUCUUGUCGAAGUUGGGCUUUUUGCUGUACGCUCUUUCUUAAAUGGUUUAACCAGGCACCAAGUCUGGAGAGGAGGUUGAACUUUAUGGCGAGCGAGGUGCAGGCGAAAGGAGACGGACAACAGUAUCAUGGAUCAGUCUUGGAAAUUCUCACAAUCGUUCUUGCUUGUGUUUCGGUCCUGGUGGUGACGGUGCGUGGAGUGGCGAGACACCGGAUCAGUCGAAUCGUUGAAUCUACCGAUAUCUUGUUGCCCGUUGCUCUGGUGUUUGCACUGGCACAAACCGCGUUUGUACGCUUGGCGAUCUCGAAUGGCCUCGGCCGUCAUGUCGACACGUUGGAUGCAGAUCAGGUAUCAACAUUCGAAAAGCUCACCUACGGGGCGAACCUCCUUUUUCAACUUGUACUUGCUUUGGGCCAAGUCAUUGUAGUACUGCUCAUCAAGAAUGUCGAGCCACCACGGCUGGUCCGGAUUGGUUGCAAUUGCUUGCUUGGAAUCAUUGUCGUAUACUCGGCGCUUGCGCUGGCCAUACUUGCAUUCCAAUGCUCUCUUCCUACGCCAUGGUUGGUGGCGGCCGACAGAUGUGUCGACCGACAAACAUUCCUUACGUCCUUCAUCAUCGCCAGCAUCGCCAUAGAUGCCGCCACGCUCGUUAUGCCCGUCAUCAUGAUGUGCAAAGUAUCAACCACCCGCGACAAAAAGAUCUUUGCCUGCGUGCUGUUCGGCACGAGGUUCGUCUUGCCUCUGGUCACGGCUCCUCAAAUCUACCAUCUCCGACUCGUCAUCGUCUCCAAGGACCCGACGUGGGACCUGGUCACCCUGCAGACCUGGGUUCAGGUCGUCAUGAACCUCAGCAUCGUCACCGCCUCGUUGCCUUCCCUCGGUAAGGUCAUGUGGGAUCUUUGGGCUUUCGGUUCGAGUGUGGGAGCCAAUCGGUCCGUCAAGAGCACAAACACCUCCAAAGACUUUGGACACGAACUGGGGUUCGAGACGGGCCCGCCACGGUACGAGUACCGAGAAAAACAAGGUCUCAGUGAACCCGGUCCCGUCAUCUACGCGCCCGAGAAGGACACCGACGACGACAACUGGAGUGAACAGGUCCUCGACAAGGUUCGGGAAAUAGGCAGUGUCGAAUCUUAUGAUGCAGUCAUCGACCAUUAUGAAAAGUCACAUCACAAUGAUGAGAAAAACCGACAACAACAAAAGCAGCAGCAGCAGCAGCAGCAACAGCAACAGCAACAAUUUCGUCAUGGUCCUCCACCAUCUUCAUCUUCCCUGUCUCGGGCCCCUGCACCCGCGUACACUCCAUCCGGCAGGUACCGUAGCAACAAUUACUACCGUCGCCCGAGCAUAUUGUCUCCGGUGAUUGAACGAUCUCCGUACAUUGACGGUACGACACCUCGUGUGCCUUCUUCACCUUCUCAACAUUGGGGGAAUUUCAAACCACAACAACAUCAUCAUCAACCGCAACCGCAACAACCACCACAACAAUCACCAUCGCAAUAUCAAAAUGACGACGUCCUCCUCAGACCUCCACACUCUCCACACGUGGACUCCCCCAAGCCCCCCUCGUACGCCGCCAGUUCUCACUACGACGACGACCGUUGUUCGGAAUUCGAGCAAUCCGAGUUCGACGUCGACAGUUAUUACUUUGGCAACACGAAUUACCUCCGACAGUACGACCCGCGGAGGACCGACAUGGUCCUCCAGAGUAUGAUUGACGACUUGCAAAGGGAGAAUUCUCAAGUUGACCCUUCCAAACGGUGGGAGCACGGUUGGAUAUGAUUUUUCACACUUUCGGGGGGGGGAAAUGUUUACGAGGAUGCCCGCGUGCGAGUGUCUAAUGCUUGGGUGUGCAUAUAUGUAUAUGUCUAUAUAUGUGGCAGGUGGUUCUGACCAAAAUGGAAAGUCAUGUCACAUCUUCAACGACUUUUUAUCCAUGUCUACCUACAAAGUAGAGUAAGAAACAAUCUGCCA